AGUCUGGAUGCAUUCUAAUAUGCAGAAACAAAUUGUGUUUAAAAUAGCAAUUUUCCCUUCCUACCUAAUAACAGGGUGGUAAAGGGUAUUUUCGUGAAACGAGAUUUAGCCAUUUUCACCCUACAAGAAUUGUGAAAUCGUCCAUUUCGACGUCCGUGAAACGUGAUUUAACGAUUUAUAAGGGCAUUUUUCGGUCCGUGAAACGUGAAAAAGCCAUUUUGCCCGAUCCGUGAAACGUGAUCCACCCCCUUUACCAGCCUGUAAGAAAUCGUUGGGUGUUAUAUCCUAUAUACAUAAAAAUCGAAGAAUAUUUUUAAGAUCCAGCCUGAAAAUGCUUAGAAAUAAGAACGGCCUUAACUGAAAAUUAGACGUUCGAAAAUAAGAGCGCAAAACUUUAAACUUUAAAAUUAGAGAGAAAAAAAAUUGACACGCAUAUCAGGCUGAGUAAAACUACUUAGGGACGCGGUUUUUGUCCUGCCAAAUCUUCGCUUACAAUCUUUUUAAAGAAUGUAGAUCAACCACUCCUUUGUUAUUGUUUAUAAUUGAAACUUCAGCUGUUUAUUCGCAAGGAAACUUAAAAAUAACAAUCUGCGAAUGAAUUCUGAUAUGUUAUUGAGGAUAUUUUCUUGAAAAUAUCUUGGUUACUUGCUGGAAUUCGCCGAUGGAAAUGGAUGCUUUGUGUUACUCGCCAUUUAGCGGGAGCAUAAAAUGGCAGCGUGAUUAGCCUAAGUCGCUCUGUUGAGGGAUUUGGGUGGCAUCCCCCCGAUGAACACGUACAUUCUGUAAUUUUCACCUAUUUUCAUUACAGUAAUUUCCAUUUUUUGAAAGCCGAGCAUUAUAGUUUGGAAAGGUACCAAGCGUUCUAGCUAUUUUCUUUGAUCAUGUGCUUGUAUGUUUUUUUUCAUACCUAUAUAUAUAUAUCUAGCUUCUAGGUUAAAGAUAUGGGUGAGAAUGGGACUAGUGCUGUAAAACAAAUUGAAGAUAAAGAAUUGAACAUGACAUAUUGAAACAAACUGUUUACAAAACUAAAAAAAAAAAAAAACAGAAAAAAAAAACAGUUUACCAGGCUAACGUAGAGAUCAAAUUUAUAAACCUGUCCUGACAAAGAGCUAGCCUCGUCCCCAGGCUGCCUCCUUGCUGUCAGCUCCAUUAUUCUUUGUGCGCGCAGAUUCACACUUUCCAAUAUGGCGGACGCUUCAUGCUGACUUCGACUUCGAGGGGACUUUGGGGCCGAGAGCAAAAAAGGGCCCAUGAUUUAAUAGCCCUGCAGACCGUGAUAGGCCCGCCGAGAAGCCUAGAGACGAAGCUAACAAAGAACAACAGUUGCAGCCUCACACAGGGGUCUUCUGGGUAAUUUUCAAUGGACGCGUUUGAGAAUUACCCAGAAGACCCUUGGGACGAGUGUCUCGUUAGUUCGUUAGUUGACUUGUUUCUAUGAGAGCCGCGGUUAAACAAUGUCUACCUUCCUUUUUUUAUUAAUUACUAAAGGGGUCAAUCUAGAACGGUCGGAAAAGGAGAUUAAAUUAUGAAGUGUUGAAGUGCUUCUCAAUGCAAGAUAAUCAUUGUAAACAACGAAUGACAACCAAACGUAUUUAUGUAAAUAGUGACAGUGUGUAAUUGGGAAAUCAUAAUUUAAAAACAAAAUGAUGGGUAGUUUAUGGCUUGUUGGGGAAUCAUUUAACACAUUAGUCACCGCGGCGUACAUUUGCACUAUACAUUAAAAGCAAUUUUCUUCUGUAGGUAAAAUUGUCAAACGAUGCGUAAAAUGGAUACAUAUUUGCUCAAUUUGACGCACGUUUAUACCAUAAAGAUUUCAAGUCAUGUCUUGCUGGUAAAUUUAUAAGAACUAAUAAAAUAAAAAAAAUAAUUUUUAAGUAAUAAAAAAUAACUGACAGAGAAGCCUUCUAAGGCUUGAACUUUCUUGUAUUUACCUGCACAUCUCACCUUGAACUCACCGAAAGUGCUUAAGCCUGAAAUGGGUGAAAAAUUGAAUAAAUGGAUGACAAACAUUUUGUUUACAGUUGGAACUGCAAGAGGUGUGCAAGUUUAGAAGAAAGGUAAUUCAUUCACAAAUUGAUUGUGCACCUGUCUGGGGAAAGGGGAAGUCAAAGGGAAAUUGUUAAAAGGAUUUGCGUCCGUUUGCAUCACAAACGAGCACUGACAUUUGUCAGUAACGAGACGGAGUUAAAAGUGAGUGAUUCACGUCCCUUCUCAUUGUGACGAUCUGCAAUUUAUCGGAAGAGAAAAAGGUCCAAACGAGGAAGCAAUUCAGCUUUUGAUGAUGCCACGAGAUAUAAGAAGAAAAACAGAGAAAGAUCUAUAUUUCCAAUUAUCUUGACAACAGAAGGCUGGAAUAGCGUGGCGGUGCCAGUGAAGAAAAGUUAAAGGCUCGCUUUAUUAUACCGCGCGCCAAGGGCAAUUUAAUAAGUACAACAGGGAAAGGAAGAGCAUUUAAUUAUCCGGGAUGUUUCGAAUAAGAGAUAAAUUACACUGACAAAGGUGAGAGAGUUAAAACAUGUUCGAGCCAAUUACAAAAGCAGGUGUGCCGCAACUGCAAGAUUAAAACAGUCUAUAUAAGGUUGAAAAAAGCGGGUAUGGAUGGCGGCGAGGAAUACGUAAUUUCAUUUCAUUUCAAAGUCGUCUUUGCUGUUCUGAUCAUUGUAAACAUUGCGGGUAAUGCUCUAGUAUGUUUGGUUGUGCUACGUAAUGUACAAAUGCGAACGCAAAUCAAUCUACUGCUUGUUAAUCUCGCCAUAAGUGAUACAACCUUUGCCAUCUUUUUCACCCCUCGAAAACUCUUCUACGAGCUGAUUAGCCGAGGAAACCAAGAGGGCAUUGCACGGGAUUAUAUGUGCAAGUUCCUUACAUACGGGAAUUUGUCGUGGAUGGCAUUUGCUUCGUCAGCCUUUACACUCGUCGUCAUAGGAACAGAGCGUUACUACGCAGUGCUGUAUCCAUUCAGCGCAAGAGGGCGGUUCACCAAGGAGAGGAUUGUAUGUGCGGUAACCCUUUGUUGGGUUCUUGGGGCAGUGCUUAUUCUCCCAGAGACCAUUGCGCUAAAAUUCAACACAAAAUACUUAACGUGUGUAUAUGUAUGGACAAGUAAAGAUAUGAACAGGGCGAGCACGAUUAUUUGGCCGCUAGCAGCUGGAGUUAUCCCAUUUACCAUACUGGCUUUCCUUUAUGGCAAAGUCAUCAGGACCCUGUGGUUCUCUAGACAAAACCAGUGCUGGGAUUUCACAGGAAGAACGUUAUUUCUUCGUAGAAAGAAAAUUACGACAAAGGUGAUAACCGUUACGAUAGUUUUUGGUCUCUUCGUACUUCCAACGUUUUUGUACGUGUUUGUUGAUAAUAUAAUGAAAGAAGGAAGUUCGGUGGUAGUGUUAAAGCCGAAGGAACAGGCUUUGUAUCAACUCAAACACGUGAUGUACUUAUUAAAUGCCACGAUCAAUCCAUUCCUUUACACCCUGCAAGAUAAGCAAUUUAGAAAAUUUAUGGCCAAGCAACUGUGCUGCAGAAAGACCGUUGAGUAUAGAGGGAUCUUAUUACCACAAAGAAACACUUCACCAUCGCGAAGAAUUUUCCCUGCUCCUAGGUAAAGCUAAAAGUCGUAAGUUGUCAUACGGACGUGUUUUGUUCGACAGCAAAAAGGGCGGGCUGCUCCGUACCGAGCCUAAAAAAAUGGAUAGUCUCGUACACAAACGCCGCGCGAUUUAUUCUGGGGAGGUCGAAGAAGCGCACGGUGCAUGACGGUCUGGCUUUCAGAUGUCAGAACCGCUUCUGGAUUCCUGUGGGCGUCCUCUCAGCAGCAAAUAACGACUGGGUACGAGUCGUAUUCAGCCCUGUAUAUCAGAGAAAGACGCAGAAGAUUCGAGGAUAAAACUCCCACCUUCCAUCCACGGAAACUUGUCCAUCUCGCUCAGGGGUUUCAGCACGCCUCUGACACUCGAGACAUUCUUGAAGUUCAAACUUCCUCAUUCGUGCAAGAGGCGCCAAAACGUUUUCAAGCAUUGUUCAUAAUUUCUAUAACGGGAAAUAGUUAAUGUUUUUUUGUAAUAAGGGAAAGUUUAUUUAUUAUCCCGUGGUGGUGGUGGUGGGCUUGAGGAUUUUGAUUAAAGUAUGGGAUAAAAUUA